GAUGCGGAUGUCGAGGAGACCGCCGACGAGGCGCAGACGCCUGGUGCCACCAAUGGCUCGGCCUUCAAGAAGAGGCGCCGCUUCCAGAGGCGCGUGAAACAAAUGUCCGAUUCCAUGCCCAACACCCCCCAGACCGGUGCGACAGUGGGCUCGCCUAUGAUCAGGCGCUUCCCCAACCUACCGCGGCGCGCGACGAUGCCGGACCCGGACGAUCGUGGUGCGGUAUCAGAGGGAGAGGGACGGCGGGUGAGUCGGCCGUUCGCAAGAAGAGGAUAUUCACACGCGGGAAGAUCGGCAGAUGCCGAGGACGUGGACCAUGGCGACCGGCGCAGAGGCCACCUGCGUCGGAUCAGUAUGUUCGGCGUGGGAGGAGGAGGUGGAGCAGAGGGCGUAUCAGAUGGAGACGCCAUACAGACACCGCGGAGACCGCGGUUCAGAACGGAACGGUAUUCAACCCUUGUCGGCGCCAACAGAUGGAAACAAGUUAAGAGUACUUUUGGUCUUCUGCGACAACACAGAAGAGGCGAGCCUAUCGACUACCUCAAGUCCACAGAGCUGAUGGGCGAGUUACGCGCUGGUGCCCCUGCUGUGGUCAUGUUCGCCAGCAUGCUGCAGCGUGAUGAACACGGCCACAAGAAGAUACCGGUGCUACUGGAGCAGGUGCGCGUGCAGAUUGUCGAAAGUGUUGUUCGUGGCGACAGCGAGCGGCACACACUCUUCACCAUCCAUCUGGAGUACGGCAAUGGGCCGAACCGCAUGAUUUGGAAGGUCAAGAAGAGCCUUGGUGACAUCCUACGCAUGCACUUCAAGUACAAGGGCAGCGUGACUACAGCUCGGCUAAAGCGUCCAGGAGGCCGGGCCGGGCCAAAGCAACCCAAGUUCCCAUCAAAAGCUUUCCCCUACCUUCGAAACAUUAAAAGGCUCGACUUCAGUGAUGAGGAUGAGGCCGUCGCAGAGGGCAACGAGGCCACACCUGGCGUCGAGUACGAGGCCGGCGACGCUACAGCUGGCGAGGCCACCGCUGGCGAGAUGACGGCGGCUGAGGGUACAGCUACUGACGCCGAGGGUCGACCAGGACACAGCCGGCGGAAAACCUCCAGGAUGCACAUCCUGAGCCCAAGGCGCAACAUGUCGAUGCCCGAGGAAGGGUCUGCAGCCGCGCUCGAAGCGCAGAAGGAUCCCGAGGAGCAGAAACGCAAGUACGCCGGCUACCAGAGAAGGGCACUGGACAAGUAUUUGCGAGAGAUGGUGCGCUGGCUCAUGUUCAGGCCAGACAGCAACCGCCUCUGUCGUUUCUUUGAGCUGUCGGCCCUCGGAGUCCGUCUCGCAGCCGAGGGAGGCUAUCAUGGGAAGGAGGGCUUCAUGCAGCUGCGACCGGCCAAUGAGAUCGUGAACCAGGCCAGGAAGAUCCUGAGAAAGGAUCGCAAAUGGUUUCUCGUGCGACAAAGCUACAUCGCCUGUGUCGAUUCCCCUGAGAGCAUCGACAUCUGCGACGUGUAUCUCGUUGACUCCAAGUUCGACAUCAUCUGUAAGAAGAAGAAACUCGGACAAAUGGCGGCCAAGAACUCUAAGAAGGGCAAGUCCACAGCCGCUGGAGAUGACGGUGUUGGCGACGAGGAUGACUUCCUCCAGGAUCCUAACUCAUCUAGGAAGCACCACCACAAGUUGACCAUCAUCAACUCCGAGCGCAAGAUCAAUCUCUACGCUCAGCAACAUGAUCUGCCUCAGUUCGAAGAGUCGAUCAAGUUAAUGAUGGCAAACUCGCCAUGGGCCUCGCCCAAUAUUCGAUUCGACAGCUUCGCACCGGUCCGACAGAAUGUUUACGCCCAAUGGCUUGUCGAUGGGCGUGAUUACAUGUGGAAUGUGUCGCGUGCUAUUUCCAUGGCCAAGGAUGUAAUCUACAUCCAUGAUUGGUGGUUGAGCCCAGAACUCUACAUGAGAAGGCCAUCUUGCAUCAGCCAACGAUGGCGACUGGAUCGACUCCUGCAACAAAAAGCCUCGGAAGGCGUCAAGAUCUUUGUGAUCGUGUACCGAAACGUUGAGGCUGCCGUCCCUAUCGACUCGGAAUAUACAAAGAGGUCCCUGCUUAACCUUCAUCCUAACAUCUUCGUGCAAAGAUCUCCGAAUCAAUACAAGAAGAACCAGUAUUUCUUUGCUCAUCAUGAGAAGGUCUGCAUCGUGGAUCACUAUAUUGCAUUCUGUGGGGGUAUCGACUUGUGCUUUGGGCGGUGGGACACUCCUCAGCAUCUUCUCUCCGACGACAAGCCCACAGGUUUCGAGCCGCAGGAGGUUCAGAACGUUCCCAGGGAUGCAGAACAUGUGCAGAUGUUCCCCGGUAAGGACUACUCCAAUCCGAGGAUACAAGAUUUCUUCAAGUUGGAUGAGCCGUACGAGGAAAUGUACGACCGCUCCAAAACGCCACGGAUGCCCUGGCAUGAUAUCUCCAUGCAAGUUGUGGGACAACCCGCUCGAGAUUUGACGCGACACUUUGUGCAGCGAUGGAACUACCUCCGGCGCAAUCGGCGGAUCACGAGGCCCCUGCCAUUCCUGUUACCACCACCUGAUUUCCGUCAAGAGGAUUUGGAGGCACUUGGUCUUACAGGCACCUGUGAAGUCCAGAUUCUUCGAUCUGCGACUACCUGGUCGCUGGGGACCCAGCAUACUGAGUGUAGCAUUCAAAAUGCUUACAUUCAGAUGAUUGAGAAAUCUGACCACUUCGUCUACAUGGAAAACCAAUUCUUCAUAUCGAGCGCAGACGCCCUCGGCGUCCCGAUCGUCAACAAGAUAGGAGACGCUCUGGUCGAUCGUAUCAAGCGAGCCUUCGAGAACGACGAGGAUUGGAGAUGUGUCAUUCUCAUCCCCCUCAUGCCUGGCUUUCAAAACACUGUGGCCGAAGUGGAAGGCACCAGCGUCCGCCUCAUCAUGCAAUGCCAAUACCGAAGCAUCUGCCGGGGAGAGUCCUCGAUCUUUGGCAGGCUCCGUGCUGCUGGGAUUGACCCAGAGGAGUACAUUCAAUUCUUCUCACUGCGCCAGUGGGGCAAGAUUGGACCCAACCAAGACCAUGUCACAGAGCAGCUGUAUAUACACGCCAAGACUAUCAUCGUCGAUGACCGUGUCGCCCUGAUAGGCUCAGCCAACAUCAACGAGAGAUCCAUGUUGGGCUCUCGCGACUCUGAGAUUGCUGCCAUCGUGCGGGACACGGACAUGAUAUGGUCCCAGAUGGCUGGCAAGGAUUACCAGGUUGGUCGCUUCGCGCACACCCUCCGCAUGCGACUCAUGAGAGAGCACGUUGGUCUGCCAGUGGAUGAGAUCAUCGAGGAGGAGAGGAACGCCACCUAUGGGCAGGAAGAAGCAUUCCAGUCUGAGAUGGACCGGAUAUAUGGCAGCGAUUCCGAAGAGUCGGUCGAGUCAGGCCCGCAUUCUGGUGACCACCUAGCUCCUCGUCCGCCGGGAUUGUCUAGGGGACACAGUACCAAUUACGAUGUGGAUCUGCAACUGGAUGCAAACGCCGAGAACGAGCGUCGUUCCUCGGCGAGUUCCAAGAGCAGCUCUGUCGACUCAGAAGCGUCGCAGGACGUGCCUCCCAAUACGGAACAGAAACGCGAAGUGGCUGGCUACGGGCCUGACCAUUGGAAAGAGGCACAAAAACAGGGGUUGGACCGAGGCAGGGACACUGUCGUCAUCAAGGGGCGCGAGUAUCUCGCUCGCGGUAUCCUGCCUGAAGGGAAAGGCACCAUCGAGAGCCCGGCGGCUAGCCAGGACUCCAUCAGCCCGCAGUCCGCUGAGACCGAACCAACGCCAGAGGGACCAAGUAGCGAUCUCUUGCCUCCAUUUGACCGUCGGAGCACCGAACAGCUGGGGCUUCCCAGGGCAAAUCAACUUCCUGAUCUUCCUCAGGGUGAUGACACGGACAUCGGCGGCCCAGCAUUGCCGGGUGACUCUAAUGGAGAUUCGGCGGUCCUGAUCCCACACCCUCUGGCGACCCAGAUCAAGCCGGCAGUCAUCGACAAGGAUUGCAUGAAGGACCCACUGGAUCCGGAAUUCUACGACAAUGUCUGGAACCGGAUCGCCGAGAACAAUACGAAGAUCUACAGACAGGUCUUCCACUGCAUGCCAGACAACGAGGUGCUUGACUGGGCCCAGUAUAUGGAAUUCAUGGACCACCAGAAGCGACUCAGAGAGGCACAAGAGGGACCCCAGAAUGCGCAUGAGCAGAACGAUAGGCCCGAGCAGACGAAUCAGAGUCACCAGACUGAGACUGAGAAGCCAAGCCGGCAGUCAACAGCUGGCGGAGCCGGCAUCUCUGCUCCUGGUCCGGUGCCAGCGGCACAGGCCCUCUCAGAGAAGGUCAAGAGCAAAGGAAGCAGUGUCAAGGCGCCUCUGAAGAAGGCCCAGGAAGCGCUCGAAAACGAAUCGCCAGCGCGUCGCCAUGCACGACAAAACUCCCGUCUUGAUAUCGAGAGGGCUGCUGCGGCUGCACGCGCGCUCAACUCGCCCAUGGCAAGCCCUGCAUUCCAGCCACCUGCCAACAGCCCAUUUUCAUCGGCGCCUACGUCGGUGCCAGAGCCCGAGAAAGCCGCCACAGCCCAGGAUAACACGAAUGACGCAGUCGACCCUCGCCUUCUUCGCCGUAGGCGGGCGACGACUAGAGGCAGUCGCCACCGCCCAAUGGUGGAGAACCUGCUGACGCGGGAGAUGAUGGAUGGCCUCUGCGGGCUGAUCCAAGGCCACCUGGUUGUGUUUCCAUACGACUGGCUCGCAGGCGCGGAGGAGAAGGGAGAUUGGCUUACGCUGGUUGAUCAGGCUGCUCCUCUGCAGAUCUAG